AUGAAAUCCAUUUUAACAUAAGCAUCAAAAUUACCUAAAUAUUAUGCUGAUUUUAAUGUUAAAUAGCCUUAACAUUAUUGGGAUUAUGAUAAUUAUAAGAUUAAAUUUGGGUAUAUAUAAGGUUAAUGAAGACAUUAAGACGAUUAUGAAAUAUACGAGAAAAUUGGUUUUGGCAAAUAUUCCGAAGUAUUCUAAGGAGUUUCAAUUAUGAAUCAUUAAAAUGUAGUUAUCAAAGUUUUAAAACCAAAUGUACCUGAGAAAUUAAAUAGAGAGGUUUUGGUUUUAAAGAAUUUAAAAGAUCAUCCAUUAGUUACAGAAUUAUUAGAUGUAGUUUAAGAUUACAGCAGUUUAAGAUAAUCUUUAAUAUUUAAAUAAGAAUGUUUGAUAAAUUUGAAAGAUAUUCGUUAUUAUUAAUCAUUGAUGCCAAUAAAAUUUUUAAUAAAAAGUCUUCUAGAAGUUUUAGAUUAUGCUCAUUCAAUAGGAAUAUUUCAUCGAGAUAUCAAACCUCAUAAUAUAUUAACAGAUAGCAAAUUUUCUUGUAAAAAUCAUAAUAUUUAAAUUAGAUUUAAAAUUAUUAGAUUGGGGACUUGCAGAAUUUUAUCAUCCCAAUAAAGAAUACAAUACAAGAGUUGCUUCUAGGUAUUUUAAAUCUCCAGAAGUAUUACUUGAUUAUAGAUAAUAUCAUCAUUCUAUAGAUUCUUGGGGAGUUGGUUGUUUAAUGGCUGGUAUGAUAUUUUAGAAAGAACCUUUUUUUGCUGGUCUUAACAAUGAGGAUCAAUUAAUCAAGAUUGUAAAUGUUUUAGGAAGUGAUGUUUUAAAUUAAUAUUUGGAAAAAUGGAAAAUUAAUUUACCUACAAGAUAUCCAAAAUUCCCAUAUUCUACUGAAAAAAGAUUUGAAUUAUUUAUUAAUAAAGAAAAUAAACACUUAUGUACUCCUGAAGCUAUCGAUUUAUUGAAGAAAUUACUCAUUUUUGAUCAUUCAGAAAGAAUAUUACCAAAAGAUGCACUUCAACAUCCAUUUUUUUAAUGAGUUCAUAAUAAUAAUAAUUGUAGAGUAG